AUGAUGUUUGGCUGGAACGCGGUGUUGCCGAAGCUAGAAGACACGAGCAAGUUCAUGGUGACAGAGGAUGACGUGGCUUGGUUUGUAUUAUUAUUAUUUUUUUUACAGCAGGUUUUUCUCCCCACUGCGGUAUUUGUAGCAGAACAUAUCGGUCCACGACGGCUACUUGUCAUUGCGAUGUUUCCCAUCGCCGGGUUCUGGCUCCUGAAGGCAUACGGUCCCUACCUGUGGCUCCUGUACCUCGGCAGAGCCUUACUGGGGAUCAGUGCAACGGUAGUCUACACAGUACUGCAUCCGUUGAUUGCAGAAUUGUAUCCUGCCAGGAUUCGGGGAUUAGCUUUAGUGCUUCCAGAAAUAUUCGGCUGCGUAGGAAUGCUGGUAUCCUACCUACUGGCUUACUUUCUUUCUUGGGACGCUGCCACUGCUGUUUCCGCUGCUCCUUUCGUGCCCUUGUCGUUUGUGCUGCUACUUGUGCCCGAGUCCCCGUACUGGCUGGUGAGGAAGAAGAAAAUCGACGCAGCUGAGAAAUCUUUAAGAUUCCUUAGGGGACGAGAUGACAAUGUGGCAAGAGAACUGGAGGCGAUUGGGAGCACGACAGUUCCCGAACAGAGUGAAGUCAAGAACCAGGUAAUUAUCAGUACAAUUAUUAGUACAACAGAAUGUUCGAAUUGUAAAUUAAACUUAUAG